AUGAUCCCUUUACUUUUCCAGGUCUUAUUUAUUGCUGGCGUAGAAGCUGCGUCGAAGCCACAAAUGGGAUGGAACUCUUGGAAUACAUUCAAGGCCAAGAUAAACGAAAGCCUAAUCAAAGAUACCGCAGCCGCCCUGGUUAAGCUAGGUCUAGCAGACGCCGGGUAUGAAUAUGUAAUGAUAGAUGCCGGUUGGCAAGCACACACAAGGGCAGAAAAUGGACAACAGCAGGCUAAUGUGUCAACAUUUCCUUCUGGAAUCAAAGGUGUAGCUGAUCAUGUCCAUGAUCUUGGGUUAAAACUUGGUAUAUAUAGUGAUUCCGGUAUAUACGAUUGCGACUUUCACCCGGGUAGCUGGGGUUAUGAGGAGCUGGAUGCGUAUACUUAUGCGUCCUGGGGAGUUGAUUAUCUGAAAUAUGAUAAUUGCGGUGGCUUUCAAGCUGGUACCAUCUCCAGUCAAGAACGGUUCCAGAAAAUGGGCCAGGCAUUAAAAGAAUCCGGAAGGGAGAUCUUUUAUGCUUUGUGCCAAUGGGGUCAUCAAUUCCCUUGGUAUUGGGCUGAUCAGAUUGCCGAUUCUUACCGUAUGUCAGGAGAUAUAUACGCAUCAUUUGCAUCCGACAAGUCUGGCGUAUGUCAGACGGCAUACUGCCUGAACACAGGUUAUGCAGGUGUAAGUGUUCUAACGAUGAUUCGUAAGAUGAGAGAGAUCUCUCCUUUCCAGAAGCCAGGAUCUUGGGCUGAUAUGGACAUGCUGGAAAUCGGCACGAACACUAUGAACGAAUUUGAAGAGCAAACUCACUUUUCAUUUUGGGCUGCUCUCAAGUCACCAUUGAUUAUCGGUGCUGAUAUUACUAACAUAUCGGAAUCAUCGCUUGCGAUCUUGUUGAAUAAGGAGGUCAUCGCUAUAUCUCAAGAUGAAUUGGGCGUUGCCGCCGCUUACAUCCCUGACCAAUCCACCGAGGGGUCAAUACAGGUGUGGGGAGGUCCACUGAGCCACCAAUAUGUUGUGCUCGUUCUCAACUAUGGUAAAGAGACGGCAAACGUUGACUUGAAGCUGCAAAACCUACCAGGGCUGGACCAAUUAUGUAACAGCACCGAUGUUAAAAUCAGAGAUGUAUGGGGCGGAAAAGACUUGGGAAAAUUCACGGAAGAUAUCCAUCUGGAAGAUGUCGCCGUACAUCAGACGAAAGUUUUACUCAUAUCUUGCUAA